AUGUUGCAGCCCCGACUGGCUCUGCGGAGUCUUCGGCUGCCGUUCAGGAGUCUACCCUCUAUUCCUGCUCGCGGCUACGCUCAAGUCAUCGAGCAAAAAGAGACCGUCCCGUCCACCCCGGCCUUCGAUCAAUCGGCUGCAUUCGCUCCUCCACCAACCCGCAGUGACUCGGGCGUGCUGAUCCGAAAAUAUACCCCUCGCACACCCGGUGUGCGACAUCUGCGGCGACCCAUCAAUGAUCACCUGUGGAAAGGCCGCCCUCACCACAAGCUGACCUUCCCCAAGCGCGGCCACGCCAAAGGUGGCCGGAACAACUCGGGCAGAAUCACCGUUCGCCAUCGGGGUGGUGGCCACAAACGUCGGAUACGGACGGUCGAUUUCUUGCGCAUGGCACCGGGGCCGCACCUCGUGGAGCGCAUUGAGUAUGACCCCGGCCGGACGGCGCAUAUUGCCCUGGUCCGUAACCAAAAGACCGAGCAAGUGAGCUACAUCAUCGCCGCCGACGGAAUGCGUGCGGGAGACGUGGUGCAGAGCUACAUGUCCGGGAUCCCGGAAGAUCUCUGGAAGAGCAUGGGUGGCACCGUGGAUCCUGGUGUGCUGGCCGCCCGGACCGCCUGGAGAGGCAAUUGUCUCCCCCUGCAUAUGAUUCCCGUGGGCACUUUGAUUUUCAAUGUCGGCCUGCGGCCAGGGAAAGGGGGGCAGUUGUGUCGGAGCGCGGGGACCCAUGCCACCGUCGUCGCCAAGGGGGAUCAAUCCCAACAGCAGCAGCAGAACCGGGAGAUGACGCCCGAGGAGGAUGAGACCGAGAAGAAACCCCUGUCGCAGCGAGAACGCCAACGACAGGAGCGCCUGGCCACUCACAUCACCAUCCGCCUCCAGAGCGGCGAGUCUCGUCUCAUCCACAAGGACUGCUGUGCCACCAUUGGCGUUGCCAGCAACCCGAAUUACCACUACAAUCAGAUUGGCAAGGCAGGCCGCUCGCGCUGGCUCAACAUCCGUCCCACCGUUCGUGGUCUGGCCAUGAACGCAAUGGACCACCCUCACGGUGGUGGUCGUGGCAAGUCCAAGGGUAAUGUGGACCCGAAGAGCCCUUGGGGUAUUCCGACCAAAUCCGGCUACAAGACUCGCCCGAAGUGGAAGAUCAACAAGGCGGUGGUGCAUGCCCGGCCUCGCAACCAAGGCAAACGCCGUCGUGGAUACAACUAG